AUGAAUCAAACAUCAUCAUCAUCAUCCUCUAAUAAUAAUAAUAGUAAUCAAACAUUGUCAAUAGCAUUGAAUAAUAAUAACAAUAUAAAUCAAAUAUCAUCAUUAUCAUCGUCUAAUAAUAAUAAUAUGAACCAAACAUUACCAACACCUUUUGGUAUUAAUAAUUAUAUAAAUCAAACAUUCCCAGCUCCACCAACAUCAUUUUAUAUGAAACCCGUAACAAACCCGUCAAAUAAAAUAUUAAGUAUCGAUGAAAUGAAUGCACUUGCUAAUGGGUUACAUCACGUUUAUUCAUCAGGAGUUUUUGAUCAAACAGGAUUUAUAUGUAAUAUAGAACAUUUUUAUGCUAAACUUAUGAAUGUUAGAACGGAUUAUCGACACUAUGAACAAAAACAAACAGAUGAAAAUGUAAUUCAUAAACUUACACCUGCUCAAUUGAAUAUUGCUUGUCAGAUAAGAUCCAUUUCAAAUAUGAUAAAAGACAAAGCACAAAUUGAAUUAAAAACAUUGCGAGAACAACAUAAAUCAUCAAUUAACUUGCUGAAACAACUUGCUAAAGAUCAGUCGAUCAUAAUAACGAAACCUGAUAAAGGACGAGGAGUUGUGCUUAUGAACCUUAUUGAUCAUGAUCCAACGAUCAACAAUGAAAACCAAUUAACAACUUUAUUGCUAAAAUUAGAAAAAGAAAAAUUCAUUACAGAGAAAGAAUAUCACGUAGCAAAACCAUCAGGUUCACGACCUGCUAGAAUUUAUGGAUUACCUAAGGUACAUAAAACAAACUAUCCAUUAAGACCAGUAAUGGCAGCUACGAAAACUGUUGCCAGUGGCGGGCCACCAUGA